GUAGUGUCCUCAUUUACUUUAUUUGUAGAACCCAUCACGAUGUGUGACGACGACGAGACUACAGCUCUGGUGUGCGACAACGGCUCUGGCCUGGUCAAGGCUGGUUUCGCCGGCGAUGAUGCUCCCAGGGCUGUCUUCCCUUCCAUCGUCGGCCGCCCACGUCACCAGGGUGUGAUGGUCGGUAUGGGUCAGAAAGACUCCUACGUUGGAGACGAGGCUCAGAGCAAGAGAGGUAUCCUGACCCUGAAGUACCCAAUCGAGCACGGCAUCAUCACCAACUGGGACGACAUGGAGAAGAUCUGGCACCACACCUUCUACAACGAGCUCCGUGUGGCCCCUGAGGAGCACCCAACCCUGCUCACCGAGGCCCCUCUGAACCCCAAAGCUAACCGUGAGAAGAUGACCCAGAUCAUGUUUGAGACCUUCAACGUCCCCGCCAUGUACGUGGCCAUCCAGGCCGUCCUGUCCCUGUACGCUUCUGGCCGUACCACCGGUAUUGUGCUGGACUCUGGUGAUGGUGUGACCCACAAUGUGCCCAUCUAUGAGGGUUACGCUCUUCCCCACGCCAUCAUGCGUCUGGACUUGGCUGGUCGCGAUCUGACAGACUACCUGAUGAAGAUCCUGACCGAGCGCGGAUACUCUUUCGUCACAACCGCCGAGCGUGAGAUUGUCCGUGACAUCAAGGAGAAGCUCUGCUACGUCGCACUGGACUUUGAGAAUGAGAUGGCCACCGCCGCCUCCUCAUCCUCCCUCGAGAAGAGCUACGAGCUUCCCGACGGUCAGGUCAUCACCAUCGGUAAUGAGCGUUUCCGUUGCCCCGAGACCCUGUUCCAGCCUUCCUUCAUUGGUAUGGAGUCUGCCGGCAUUCACGAAACCGCUUACAACAGCAUCAUGAAGUGCGAUAUUGACAUCAGAAAGGACUUGUACGCCAACAACGUCCUGUCUGGUGGAACCACAAUGUACCCUGGUAUUGCUGACCGGAUGCAGAAGGAGAUCACAGCCCUGGCUCCCAGCACAAUGAAGAUCAAGAUCAUUGCUCCCCCUGAGCGCAAGUACUCCGUCUGGAUCGGCGGCUCCAUCCUGGCCUCCCUGUCCACCUUCCAGCAGAUGUGGAUCACCAAGCAGGAAUACGACGAGGCUGGCCCCAGCAUCGUCCACCGCAAGUGCUUCUAAGCGCCUGGCUCACCAUCCUAUCAUUGCUUCCUGCUC